UUCUAAAACCUCAAAGCCCAAGUUGAAUUAAUCUAACCUUCUCUUCUUUCUUAGUUUCUCUAUCUACCAAUUGCCUGCAACUCCAUUGCUCCAUCACAAGAUUUUGUUCAUGGCUUCUAAAUGGAGGACAAAGAAGGCUGACCUAAAGACUAAUUUAGCUAAGAGGAGGCCGGACAUUGCUGAGUUGUCGAUCCCGACCCACUUCCGAUGCCCGAUUUCUCUCGACCUCAUGAAGGACCCGGUGACGGUGGCGACGGGGAUCACCUACGACCGUCAGAGCAUCGAGACAUGGCUCGACAUGGAAAACAUGACAUGCCCGGUUACGAAUCAGGAGCUCAACGUCGAGGACCUCAUACCGAACCAUUCGAUUCGGAAGAUGAUACAGGAUUGGUGUGUGGCAAACCAUUCCUAUGGGAUUGAAAGGAUACCCACACCCAAGAUCCCUGUGACCGCAGCCCAGGCCUCGGAGAUCCUAUCGGGGAUCGCCACGGCCAGCCGGAAAGGGGAGACGACGAAGUGCCGUGAAUUGGUGGUGAAGGUCAAAGCCUUUGCCAAGGAGAGUGAGAGGAACCGGAGAUGCUUCAUGUCUAAAGGUGCUUGUCGUGCCUUGGCUGCCUCAUUCAGCGCUUUUGCUAGUGGUCCCUCGGAGAAUUCGACGGCCGGAGUUCUGGAAGAUAUCUUAUCAGCAUUGGCCUUCAUGCUUCCACUAGAUGAGGAAGCCGCUUGGCAUAUCGGGUCGCCGGAGUCUCUAAAUUCGAUGGUGUCGAUCUUGAAAGGUGGCGACUUGGCCGGAAGGCUUAGUGCAGUCUUGGUGGUGAAGGAGCUUGUUUCAGCCAACAGAGAGUGGGUGGAGGUCAUGGCCAAGACCGAGGGGCUAAUUGAAGCAAUGGUCCAGCUGAUCAAAGAGCCCAUCUUUCCUCAGGCCACAAAGGCCUCCCUGGUGGCCACCUUCUACAUGGUGAACUCCGACGAGAGGACGGCGUCGAGGUUCGUGGACUUGGGUUUGGUCCCUGUGCUCCUAGAUAUCCUUGUCGACACCGAAAAAAGCAUGUGUGAGAAGGCAUUGGCCGUGCUCAGUGGUCUCUUGAGCUGCGAGGAGGGUAGGGAGAAGGCCUACGAGCAUGCCCUGACGAUGCCGGUGUUGGUUAAGAAGAUGUUUCGGGUCUCCGACAUGGCGACCGAGUUCGUGGUCUCAGCCCUGUGGAAGCUCUGCAAGAACUACAAGGAAGAAGAGGAGGAGGGAGAAAGGAGAGGUGGGUGUUUGGUGGAGGCUCUACAAGUAGGGGCCUUUCAGAAGCUCUUACUUCUCUUGCAGGUAGGAUGUGGUGGCUCAACCAAGGAGAAGGCCACUGAUCUCCUCAAAUUAUUGAAUGGUUAUACGAGUAGGGCUGAGUGCAUUGAUACCAUGGAUUUUAGGGGGCUGAAGAGGCCCUCUUGAAUGAUGAUGGUCUGAUGGUUCAUAGGAGUAUGUUAGAUAUCAAGGGAGAUUCAGUUUUGAGUGUGUGAUAGAAUUCUAUGUACAAAAUAUUAGAAUUCAAAAAAUGAUUCGUUCCAUGCCACAAAA